AUGCCCCUAUGGCGUUUCCAUAUGACACCAAAAUUGCAUCUUAUAUUCCCCGAAUCUUGCCUUUUAAUUGUUGUUGGUGUUGUUAUUGGUGUCGUACUCUUCUUCUGUACAGAUGUUGCUGUUUCUCCUCUAACACCAAAUACAUUCUUCUUCUAUAUGCUGCCGCCGAUUAUAUUGGAUGCAGGUUACUUUAUGCCGAAUCGUUUGUUUUUCGACAAUUUGGGUACAAUUCUAUUGAUGGCUGUUGUCGGUACAAUAUUUAAUAUUGCAACAAUUGGUGAGUUUGAUUAAAAAAGAAAAGUUCUUUUAAGAAGAAAUUAAGUGAAAUAUAACGAUAACAACAAAUUCAUACAUUUGUAAAUGUUCACAUCCAA